AUGUACGCCGCUCAGAAUAUAACGCCAACAGUUUUGGAUGCCAUGAAUGGAAAUGUUUCCGAAUGGUAUAACGAAUGCGACAAUGCCAUUAGAAGGUCAGAAAUAGUUCCUGGAACUUACGAAUAUACAACUGCUGUUUCUUAUGGAAACGUAGGUGAGUUUGGAGAAGGUUCUUCAACAACAGUAGAUAUUGCUUGCGACAGGUUUCAUAUAAUUUCUAUUGACAACUCUUUCUUAUACGUGGAACAAGACAUUGAAAUAAAACCUUCUGCCAAGUUGUCUGACAAGAAAGGUUGCAAUGGAAUUUUCUAUGUCGGAUACCAAUAUGCUCCAGAAGUUUUCAUGGGAUAUAAGAUAUAUUCUAACUCUGACUUAGUUCAAACAGUAACAUGGGCAAACUAUGAAUGGUUCGCUUUGAGAAACUCAGUACAACCACAAGCUAGAGAACAAACAGACCAGUAUGCAACUAUUGAGAAAAUAAGAAGACUUGACCCUAACGUUCCAGGAGUUUAUGUUGACCUUUCUGGACAAACUGCAGCAGCAGUAACCAAAGUAAAAUUGAAACUUAGAGUUCCUUUGUCAUCUUUCC